AUGGCCGGAAGCUCUUUCGAAUCGUUGCCGAAGGCAACUCGCGAGGAGAUGCGCGAGGCCAAGCUCCCUAUUGCCUACCGAGACAGCUGCGCCAACCUCUUGAUCCCCCUCAACCGAUGCCGGGUGGACACCUACUACCUUCCGUGGAAGUGCGGCGACGAGCGACACAGUUACGAAAAGUGCCAAUACGACGAGUUCAAGAAGCGCGUGGCCAAGAUGAACGAGUUGAGGGAAGCCAAGGAGGGUGCCAGAAGCAAUUAA